UCAGAAACUUGUAAAAAUUACAUUUUACACAUAAUUACGUUAUUGCUUAUGAAACUGUCAGCCUCGUUCUUCUUGGGCACCUCCCAUCUCAGCAGCCCGUACAUAUGCAAAGAGCAAAACAGUUUUACUAGGAAGGAAGAGAGAAAGAGAACUGCAUUAGGUUGUGAAAACAAAAACUGACAGCAGACAAUAAGAGUACUUACAAAUAGUUCAAAAUGUCUAAAGGAAGGCGAUGGAACAGACCACACCUGUACAUCAUGAGGGGUUUACCUGGUUCCGGAAAGUCACGAAUAGCAAGAACAAUACAGGAGAAGUAUGGUAAAGGAGUAAUACUGUCUACCGACGAUUAUUUUAGAGAUGAACACUGGAUAAUGCAUUUCAACAGGAGGAAGUUAUCGGAAGCGCAUCAGUGGAAUCGAAGUAGAGCUUUCUGUCAGUUGAAGAACCGAACGAAUCCAGUCAUAAUUGAUAAUACUAACAUUCGGCGCUGGGAAAUGAAGCCUUACGUGGAAAUGGGUCUUCGGUUCCGUUACCACAUAAGGUUUCGCGAUGCUUGGGACACUUGGAAAUGCAGUACUGAGGAACUGUACAGGCGUAACAAUUAUGUGGUGCCACUACCAGUAAUGGAGAACAUGAAGAGAAGAUUUGAAAAAGUCAGAAAUAUAUACGAUGUCCUCAAUUCUUAGCUUUGUCAUGACUGAAACGGUAACAGGUGACUUUAACAGAACCAAAAAUAUACAGCACCAGUCAAAAGUUUGGACACACCUACCUAUAGAAAGGUUUAUUUGUACUUCUACAUUGUAGAAUAAUAACAAAGACAUCAGAACUAUAAAAUAACAUAUAUGAAAUUAUGUACUUACCAAAGAAUCAUUAAACAGAAAAAAAUAUUUGUGUGGGUGGGAGGCAGCUCUGUGGGACUCAGAAGGUUGUCGAUUCAAACCCAG